AUGGAUUUCCAUCGUCCUUCGUCGACAUUGAGCUCUGUGGACAGAAAACCAUCCUCUGCUUUCUCCUUCGACGACGGCACUGCAUUGGAUGCUAACAUCUUGGACACCCCCACCAUGAUGUCCCCUACAACAAGCACCCAGGGAAUCUUCUCCCCUGAUACUUCUCUAUGGGACGACGCUACCUUUGGUCAAUUCGUUGAUCGGACAGCCACCAGCUCUGUCGUGAAUCACAAUGGGAACAAUCCGUUCUUCACUGAGCAGAGCAACAACCCCUUCGCCCGCCUGCCUGCCAACCAAGCCGCUACAUACGGCCAGCAGUCAUGGACCGUAGAGGACAACUCGGGAUCCAGAACCCCUACUGCAACGAAGCCCAUGAACCCAUUUGGUCCUGGAAACUUCGACUCUUCAGCCUCCACAUUCGUUCCUCAGCCCUCCCAGCUGCCAUAUCAUGGUCUACCGAUGCAGGCCAACGUAAGACCAAGCUCUGUCUUUCCCCCGAAUGUUCCGGAACGACCGUUGUCUCCCCACACCAACUCCGAGUGGAUGGCAUUCAACCAGCAAGAGAUGGAUGCUCGCCCUGGUCCCAAACGCAUGAGACCCAGCUCUCCCCCGAGAUCUUUCUCCCCUCGUCGUGACGGAGGUAUCAGGAAGAAGAACGCCAGGUUCGACAUCCCUGCCGAACGGAACUUGAUGAACAUCGACCAGCUCAUCGCCAACUGCUCCAACGAGGACGAUAUGAAGGAACUCAAGCAACAGAAACGACUGCUCCGCAACAGACAGGCCGCGCUUGACUCUCGUCAGCGUAAGAAGAAGCACACCGAAGAGCUUGAAGAAGAGAAGAAGACUUGGACCGACAAGCUCUGCCAGCUCCAGGAAGACUUCCAACGUCUUGAGCUUGAGUACAACUCCAUCGUUCAGGAGAAGGAGGCUUGGUACCAUGAACGUCACGAGAUGAGCCAAAUGAUGAACCAGCUUCAGUUCGAUAAAGAAGAGCUCGUCCGUUCUCACACCCUCGAGUCUGGUGAGCUGCGAAAGAAGAUCUCCGUCUUGACUGAGAGACUCGAAUGCUCCAGCACCGCCAUGUCCGUCGCGCCCAGCUCUGCCUUCACUGACUUCGGCAUGGACAACCUCAACAUGGGCAACAACGACUGGGAUAACUACAUCUUCGUCGACGAUUGCUUCGAUCCUGACCAGAACAACGCAGCACAGCAGCCGCAGGAACAGGCCCUCGUUGUCGCUCCACGAACCAAGGAUGCCGACGAGAAGUCCGGCGCUUCCGGCCUGUUGCUUAUGCUGUUGCUCUGUGGCGCAUUUGUUGCAAGCAAGUCCACUGGCUCCACUGCCCCACCCAUCCCCCGUAUGCCUGAUGAAGUUCGUGCCGCCUCAGCCACUGUUCUCGACAGUAUUUUCAAAGAUGCUGGUGUCGCUCCGACUCUCGCCGAACACGGUGUCGUCGCUAGCCAUGUCUCGGGCGUCGAGCCUGCUCCCUCUGGCAUCAACUGGAUGAAGUCUACGCUUUCUGGCUCCGAGUUGGCAGGAAUUUCUGGUUCUACCUUGGAUCAACUGCAUGCUCAGCUCUCUGGCCCGACAAAGGACCAGGAGAACGAGCAGCUGUUCUCGCUCACUCCCGCCCAGUACAACAGUGUCAACUCGAUGGACUUUUCGCGUACACGAUACAGCAUUGCCAGCGAUGACUUCAGUGACCCCCUGUCUCCCGGUUCCCAACCUUCCCACCGUCGCAACCUCGCUGAAACCUUGGCUGCCAUGCGUGAGCAGAGUAAGGGAUCAAGUGCCGCCGACAUCUACACUCGAAGCCUUCUCUGGGACAAGAUCGCACCUGAGGUUGUUCACGAGUUCAAGCGCAUUGUUGAGGAGAGCGCUGCUUCUUCUCGCCCCGGCACCUCGGACGGCAAUGUUGCCAAAGCUGAAAGUGUUGGCUAA